CAUAUAUAAAUAACUCUGAGAACGCCUAGGGCUUUAGCCACCUCCACCGAUCUCUUCUUUUACAAUUCAGAGAGAGGCGAAGCUCUCAGUUGCUGAGUGAAAAUGCCGGCUGGUCAUGGUUUGAGAUCGAGAACAAGGGAUCUCUUUGCCCGGGGAUUCAGAAAGAAGGGUUACAUCCCAUUAUCCACCUAUCUUAAAACAUACAAGAUCGGCGAUUACGUUGACGUCAAAGUUAAUGGUGCCAUUCAAAAGGGUAUGCCUCACAAAUUCUACCACGGCCGCACUGGCCGCGUUUGGAACGUCACCAAACGCGCCAUCGGUGUCGAGGUCAACAAGCAGGUGGGUAACAGGAUAAUAAGGAAGAGGAUCCAUGUCAGAGUGGAGCAUGUGCAGCCUUCAAGGUGUACUGAGGAAUUCAAGCUGAGGAAGAAGAAGAAUGAUGAACUCAAGGCUGAAGCGAAGGCAAAAGGUGUGGUCAUCAGUACAAAGAGGCAACCAGAGGGCCCAAAACCAGGUUUCAUGGUGGAAUGUGCAACACUGGAAACUGUUACACCAAUUCCUUACGAUGUUGUCAACGAUCUCAAGGGCGGUUACUAGGGUUUUUCUUUGUUUUGUUUUUUGGUUUUAAAAGUUUUUGUGAACUGAAUCAGCUUGUUUGGAUCCAUAUUAGUUUUCUCUUGAAGAGGUACUGCACUAGCAGAGAUGUUUAUUUAAUCACAUUUUACAUUAGAAACAAUGUUGUUUUUCGAAUGCAAAGUUAAUAUUUGAUGGA